CUGCCGGAGUCUUGCCACCAGUCGUUGCCCCGUCGGUCGUCGUGCACGUUCGUUCGUCCGUUUCGUCGUUGUUCGAGUGUUUUGCGUGUAUGUGCCGUGUGUGGUUUAAAUCCAUUUUUUUUUCCGAUACAUUUUCCGGAAACGUUUUCGCGUGUGCUCGCCGUCGUUGUUCGUCCGCGUAAAUCGUCCCAAACAUGUUCCGGUGUCGUCGUCGCGUGCGAGUAUUGACUUCCGGAGAAUAUUAAACAAUAUCUCGUGCCGAGCGGAUCGGUAGUGGUUUUGAAAUUUGAUUUUCAAUUUUUUUUUUUUGGUUUUACGUACUUUUUUUCGCGUCCAGCCCGCCGCUGUCGUCUCAUCGUCUCCCUCUCCCCCACCACGCACGAAGGUUAGGGGAGAAAAUAUGAAAACUUCCCGGAGGCGGGAAUUCGGUCGGCCUGUGCUGCUGAUGCUGCUGUUGGCGUCCAUAUCUGUCGGCGACGUCACAGGACAAUACAGAAAACCGAGAAUCACCGAACACCCUACCGAUAUAACGGUGCCGAAAAAUGAGCCUAUCACUUUGGGGUGUAAGGCGGAAGGCCGCCCGGAGCCGACGAUCGAAUGGUACAAAGACGGCGAACUGUUGAAAAUCCCCCCCAAUGGAGCGGCAGCCGGUGGAGGUGGUGAUAACGGAGCCAGGUCUUCGCAGAAGGUGAUCCUGUCCGACGGUUCUCUGUUUUUCUUGCGAGUGGCGCACAAUAAAAAAGAACAGGACAGUGGCGUGUACUGGUGCGUUGCCAAAAACGUGGCCGGCACAGAAGUGAGCCGAAACGCGACUCUUCAAGUAGCAGUGCUCAAAGACGAAUUCCGAGUGGAGCCAAAGGACACGAAAGUGGCCCAGGGGCAGACGGCGCUCAUGGAGUGCAGCCCACCGAAAGGUCAUCCGGACCCGAUGGUCGUAUGGAAGAAAGACAGAGAAGACGUGCACAUAGAUUCGACGACAAGGAUGCGAAUCGUAGACGGUGGCAAUCUUAUGAUUACAGACGUCAAGCAAGAUGAUGGCGGUGAAUACCUGUGCGUGGCACAGAACAUCGUAGGCAAGAAGGAAAGUACACCGGCCAAACUCACCGUAAACGUGAAACCAUUCAUAAACACCGAACCCAAAGACGUAACUGUGCACACCGGACAGACUGCUGAAUUCGAGUGCAAGGUGGGUGGCGAUCCGAAACCGAACAUCUACUGGGAACGCGAUGGUAAUAAAAUGCCGUUCGGCCGAGCCCAGAUAUUGGACAACAAAUCACUGCGGAUCAUUAACGUGAUAGCACAGGACGAAGGACUUUACGUUUGUAACGCCGAAAAUGACGUGGGUUCCGAGAAGGCCAAGGCUUCGUUGACCGUACACUCCCCGCCGACCUUUGUGACCAGACCCAAAGACCAAAAAGUGGGGCUCAACGGAAUUGCAAAUUUCGACUGCGUGGCCCAAGGCAACCCACCGCCGUCUGUGUUUUGGUCACGUGAAGGGUCCCAGGUGUUGAUGUUCCCCGGCAACGCGUACGGACAUUUUCACGUGACUCAAGACGGCACCCUGCGCAUACAGGGAGCUCAAAAAGAAGACGCCGGUUUCCUCGUGUGUUCCGCCCUGUCUGUCGCCGGGUCGGUGACUUGGAGAGCGUUUUUGCAGGUCACAUCCGUACAAGACGUUCCUCCACCCGUCGUCGACAUUGGACCGACCAACCAAACAUUGGCCACGAGAUCAGCUGCCACAUUACCAUGUCAGGCAUCUGGUAUACCAUUGCCUACCAUAAAAUGGUACAGAAACGGAAAUUAUUUGUCUCCAGACGAUCCCAGAGUAACCAUUACAUCAUCGGGCACGCUACAAAUAGACGAACUCGAAGUAUCUGAUUCUGGUCUGUACACGUGCACUGCUUCUUCGGAAAGCGGUGAGACUUCCUGGUCGGCGUCACUUAGCGUCGAAGAAUCCCCGGGCACACGACUACACCGUGCACCUGACCCGGCCAUGUUCCCGGCCGCCCCAUCAGUGCCGACCAUUGUAAACGUUACCAGAAACUCGGUUACGGUCACGUGGCACCCGCCCACUCCACACCUUGGCGCUUCACCGAUCGUCGGGUACACGCUCGAGUAUUACAGCUCGGACCUGCAAACCGGAUGGGUGGUCGCCGCACAUCGCAUAUCAACUAACACCAUGGUCGUCGAUAAUCUAAAACCGGACACGUCGUACGUGUUCAUGGUGAGGGCCGAAAACUCACAUGGCUUAAGCGUGCCUAGUGCGUUGUCCGCUAUGGUGAAAACCGGUGGGACCAAUACGAUCAUCACGCAGCAGUCCCUGGAAGAAGCCCGUGAACGGCUCGGUACUAAAGUCAUAGACUUCAAGGAACUGUUUGCGGUAUCGUCUACGUCGGUCCGAGUCAUAUGGGAUGUAUUGAGCAGUGCCGAAUGGGUAGAAGGUAUUCACGUACGGUUCAGAGACUUGUCAGGCGGCUCGCAGACCUAUAACAUGAUGACGGUGAUGAUGAACAACGGUGAGCCCAAGUCCUACACAUUGGCCAACCUCCGCAAGUACAACAAGUACGAUUUCUUUUUGGUGCCGUUCUUUAAGACGGUCGAAGGCCAACCGUCCAACUCCAUGGUCGUCCAAACUAACGAGGAUGUUCCUUCUGCGGCUCCAGAAGACGUACAGACUGGUAUGGUAAACGCCACUACCGCGUUCAUACGGUGGUCGGCACCUCCGCCGCAGCACGUCAACGGCGCACUGUUGGGAUACAAAAUACAAGUGAAGAAUAACAACGCCACAAAGGCCGCCGUACAAGAGCUGUUGAACUCGUCUACUACGACGAUUCUGCUCAACUUGACGGUGGGCGGCAGUUUCACGGCCCGGGUGCAGGCGUACACCCGGAGCGGGUACGGGCCCUACAGCGCCCCGGUGCCCAUCGUCAUGGACCCGGCGUACCCGGCCAGAGCGUAUUCGUCUACUACCAACGGCGAGGCGUGGGUCAUCGUGGUGUUGGCGGCCCUGGUCGUCAUGUUGGCGUGCGUCAUUGUCACCGUCGUGUACUUGAAACGGAAGCAGAACGCCGGCAAACAGUUGGGCCACUUCAACGUACCGGUGGUCAGUGGUGAUCUUUCACAAUUGAGCAUGUUGAGCGCCGGCGGCAAGGAGGCCCUGUGGAUCGACCGUGGUUGGCGCAACGGGGAGAAGGACCCCGAGUCAAAACUGUUGAACGGCAUCGGUAGGGAAACGACCUGCGCGGACUACGCCGAGGUGGACACCCGAAACUUGUCGACGUUCUACAACCCCCGCAAAGACAUGAUGUCCAACCCCACACCGUACGCCACCACUACUCUGCUGAACCGCGACGAUUGCAAUGAGUCUACGCAUCUCUUUGGGGCCGCUAGCAGCUCGUCUGAAACCAAAACACUGAGCUCCAACGGUUCGUGCCACGAACGUUGUCACGAACAAGUGGCUGCACCCAACAACCAUUACCUUGACGAAAAUGUGGACUUCAACAAUCACAAACGGAAACCGCCAAUCUAUCCGAUCAAUCAAGCGCCGCCCCCGAAUUGGAACGAGUUCCUCCCACCGCCCCCUCAACACCCGCCGACAGAUUCUAUGCGGAAAACGUCUCAGUCCAACGGUGGCAGUCCUCAAUCAAGUCGUCGUAUGCACGCUGGAAGUUUCCCGAAACAGUCACACAUCCACUCCAGCAAGUCAUUGGCCGGUAGUUGUAAUGGAUAUACGCCCGCAUGGAUUUACACUGGCAACCAGAGCAACGAACACAGAUUCAAUCCACCGCCUUCCACACAACCACCUCCGGUACCGAACUCGUCUCAUCCUUCCGUGUGCAACGUGUCAUCGUGCCAGGGACUUGACCGAUCGUCUAACAAAUAUGGAGCAUCGCGGAACCGCAUGCACUCCGAUUACGAAUAUGAGAGCGCGUCACUGUUGUACGGUCACGUCAAUCAGCCGACGCAACAGCAGCAGCAGCCACCACCUCCACCGCCGUGCAACAAACGGACGCCCGACGAACAGCCACAGCAGUACAACACUUGCUGUUCCGAGGGGAACAGCAUAGACCGUUGCGUUCAGUCCACCCUGCCGGGUCUCGCGUACAAACAUCAUUCCGAACAAUGGCAUCGGGACCGCGGUUGGUGCGACGAUGACGAUGACGAAGGCGGCGGCGGAGGAGUCAAUGUCAAUGGGGCUGACGACAAGGGUAGUUGCAGCAGCGGUUGCUCGUGCAGCGAAUCGUCUUGUCUGUACGCCGAGGCGACAGACGUACCCUGUCCGGUUGUGCUUCAGACGUCGUCGUCGUCGACGGCUGUUGGACGCAAGUGAUGAUGCCAGUCAUGCCCAGCAGAAGCGUUGUCAUCGGUUAGUUGCACUUGCCCGCGACAACCUCCACAGCGAUGGUGACGGUUUGUUGAAGACCGCCCGAAAAUCGUCAAAAGUCAAUUCGGCGUUUCACAGUCGAAAUAAAAAAAAGCAACCGAACAAAUCAAAACGUUUCGAGUAAACCCCUCAAAUCCUUUUUGUACAUAUUAUUAUGAAAAACGUUGGCCCGAAAAAAUUUUUUUACCCUAUCGUUAUGCGUAGUUUUAUACAACUUAAUAUUCCCCCAUGCAUUAUACGAAUAUUAAUUGUAAAUAUGAUUAUGAAUAAUCAAAAUCGUAUUGUGUAUAAAUCUUUUUUUUUCGUUAUUUACCGAUGUACGCUAAUUUAGUAGGUAUAUGUACAAUGCGUAAUCGAUUUCUUUUAAACUGUGUUCUUGUAAAAACAAUGUACAUAAUUAAUUGUUAUUUAUUUGUAAACUCGAUUGGUAUUAAUUUUAUGAUAUAGUUCCUUUUUGUUUAUUAUUUUUUUUUCUUUUAUAUAUCGAGAUGUUGUUGUGAUAGAUUCUAUUUUAUUUAUGUAAAUUAGUUUAUUUUACGUUUCGUUAUAGACACACAUCACACGUUUUGGCCGGAAACAAAUCCAGCUCAUUGUUUUAAUAAUAUACGUACAUUAUAAUAUUAUAUAUUAUAUAUAAAUACAAUAAUUUUAUAUUAAUAUGUACUAUAUAAUAUGUAAAUGUGGUACAGACUGCGCAGAGCUCAAACGCGUGUUUCUUUUUGUUUUUACCGAAAACGAUACGCUUUUCGCCUCCUACCCUUAGUGUAAUAUAUAGGCAUAUGUGUAACAAUAAUAUUUAUUGUAAUACAUAAUAAUAUGAUAUUAUAUCGUUUUAAGACAAUCCACGAACAAUAUUUCAAUAUAAACAUUUCUAUAACCAACCGAUUUUUUUAUACUCUGGAAUACCUAUAUUUGUGUACAGUAUAUUUUAUUACCGAUAUUAUUAUUACUAUAGUACCCGAUUUGUGAGCAGAUUAUUAUCGCCGUUCAUUCUAAACGAACAAACGCGUAUUUUGCCACGUUAGGGACCCGUUUUUUAUUUUCUAUUAAUUUUUCAUA